AUGCUUUAGGAAAACAAAAUAGAAAAUAUUAAUAAAAAGUAAGAUUUAAGGAAAGUAGAUAAAGAUUAGAAGUAGAUUUCUUGUCUUUAGCUGAAUUAGCUCUCUACAGAGAGAUUGAAUAAUGAAAAUUCAUCUUCUUCUAUACCUACUUAACCAUGUUAGUCACAUUAAUAAAUUUUGCAGUCUUAACAUAAUUUAUAAAGCUACCGUUGUUGUUGCACCGUCUCUUCAGGCUCUGUAGAAAUAUAGACAGAAACCAGUAGUGAAUAAAAGCAGUACGAAAUUAGAUUAAAUGAGUAUUUGCCAACAAGAAUAGCAGGGAUUCAAAUUAAAAAGGUUCAGUGGAGCGAUUUCCCAGGAAAAGCUGAUCCUGAAAUGUCUUUUUGGGCUCAUAUUUAUUGGUUUAUAAACUAUAAUUAUUAAGUUGAGUAAAGAUAAAAUAAUAAAAACAGAUACUUAGAUUUCAAGGUUAGAAGCAUUAAUGUCAGCGUGAAGAUAUCAAAUAAAUCUUGGGUGAGAAAGUAAACUGAUUAUCUGUUAAGUCACGAGUAAGGACAUUAUCUUAUUGGAUGUCUCUGUGCUUUAGAUUUUAAAUAGUAGGUAUUAAAAAAAAGAUACAGCGCUAACUAUUCUAAUGAAAUUAACUAAAUUUUCAACUAAACUCUGAAAUAAUAUUCAAAUAUGGAAAUUUUGUAUGAUGAGGAAACCAACCACUCAAAGCAUUUUGAAAAGUAAACAUAAUGGUUUAUCUUUUUGUAUGAUCAACUUAAAAAAUACGAAGAAUAUUUCAAUCCAUAUCCCUUAUCAGCAUUUCUACUUCAGUAAAAAAUUCUUGCAGACAAUAAAGAAAACCAACCAUGGAAUUCAAUCCAAAAUGGGAAUGCAAACAAAAAAGUAUAGCUCCCUCCAAUUUAAAAACCUGGAAACUCUCUUAGCAGGCAAAGUAAACCUCAAGAAAAGUAAGAGCCAAGGUCUAGAAGAUUUAGCUAAAUUAAUACAAACAUAAAAGAGUGA